AGGAGGAGGAGUGCAGACAGGUGUGAGUGGUUUUGGUGACAGUUAGAAGAGAGAUUGACUUUACACGCUGAGAGAAGACGGGAAGGAGAGAGAGUAUAGAGAUAACACCCAGGGAUCACAGAGGUGACACAUGGACACCAUUAGAAGAACACUGCUGAGACAGCCUUCCUCCUCCUCCCACUCUUCCUGCUCUGUCUAUCAUCGUCACUCAGUAGGAGAGGCUGAGGUUAACGAGGUGGAUGGGAUUGAGAUGAAGCUCGACCAACCAGAGUCCGAGGAGGAGCUGGAAGCGGAGCCUAACAGUGACAUCACAGCCCUGGUGUUACGGCAACCGCAGCAUCACAGGAAGACAGUGAUCUACCUGUCUCUCUCAACACUCAUAUUCACUACAGCGUUUAUUUUGGGCUACGUGGCGUUCCGAGGGUCGUGCCACUACUGUGGUGUGGAGGGGGAGAGGGUCCCUGUGGAGGAUAAGCCUGGACCAGACCAUUAUUACCAGGUGGGGGGUAUGUACCUGGGCGAACUACGGGACAUGCUGAAGAAAUUCCUGCAGGACGAGAGGAUAGAGACUACUGUCAGGCGAGUCAGCAGGACGACCCACCCAUCCGGGUCCUCUGAGGGGACAGCUCUGGCAGCAGAGAUACUACAGACCUUUAAAGAUCUCCACAUGGACCACACCUGGGCCGACUCUCACUAUGCUACACUACAGUUCCCCUCCAGGACCCAGAGGAACUCCCUAUGGAUGGUGGAUUCACAGGGAGAGGUGUUGGAGGAGAUUUCUCUGGAGAAUCCAGAUUCCUACUGUGCCUACAGCGGGGGCGUGGUUUAUGUAAAUUACGGCCGCCAGGAUGAUUUUGACAGGCUGAGGUCUGCGGGGGUGUCUGUGAUUGGCUGUGUGGUAGUGAUGCGUGUGGGGGGCGGGGUUAGUUAUGCUGAGAAGGUGCUAUUGGCUCAGAAGGCUGGAGCAGGCGGAGCCUUGAUCUACCCAGAUCCUGCUGACAUCCCUCAGGACCCUCGACGCUUGGGGCUGAACAGCUACACCGCUAUAUCAGAACAC